AUGGGCGCGCGGCUCGGCGCGGCCCCGGCCAAUGGCAAGGCGCCGCCUGCCGGCACGGCGAGGGGCGCCGCCAUGAAGGAGGCGGCGGCGGGCGCGGAGGAGCGGGCGCUGCUGCGGGACUACGUGGCCUUCUACGGCGCGCAGGGCGCCGCGGGGCGGCUGGGCUGCGGCCGCGGCCUCCUGCGCGACCUGCUCAAGGCGCUGGAGGUGCUGGAGCUGCUCUGCGUCAACCUGCUGCUCUGCCCCUGGAGGAAGGAGAUCCAGUCGCUGAAGACGUUCACUGGUAAUUUUGUCUACUAUAUUCAAUCUGUGCUCCCAGAUGACAUACUAAAAACAGUACUGGAGAAAAUAGGCUACGUUGCAACAACAUCAACAGAGUUUUCACUUGUAAGAAAGAGAAACAAUGAGGAAACAAAGCAGACUGCGUUUGAAAUAUUCCUGGCAAGAAUCGAGUGUGAAAUCAUCCUUGAAAUGACAAAGGACGAAGAACAAGGCAAUUUGGAGAAGACCCUGCAGAAGGGAACACAGAUGCUUUGGCAUCAGGGAGAUGGGGACAAAGAGGAUCAGACACUCCCAAGAAAAGACUCUGAAAAUCUGGAAAACAAAGAAAACAGCGAGACACCUUUGUGCUUUGCUACUCAGCCUAAGUCUUCAACUAACAGUGAUAAAUCCUUUGAAGACGCCAAGAACCUUAAGAUCAAAGAUGACAGAUCUCACUUAGCAGCUACUCAAUCCACUAACAGGCUUCAGGAACAUCAAAGGCAAGUCACCAACACAACACCCUUUCCGGGCAAAUGCUCAGACAGCGAGGACUUCUUGAUCAAAUAUAGUGACAUUGUCAUAAGACAAACACCUAUUUUCAGUGAGAAUCUCUCUCAAAAAGCUUUUGAAAAAAAGCCAGGAGGCAGUUUAAGUGAAGAAUGUGUUUUGGCAGUCACUGCACAGCCAACUGAAAAUGAGAUCCCAUCUGUGCCACUCUUGCCAGGAGCAAGUGGUCUACCUGCCUUUGCAAUAUUUGCUGACAGCUCUUUUGACAAUAAAAACAGUCUGGACUACAAAGCUCAAGUAGUCCCUGAAGAAUCAAUUGAGGCAAAAAUUAGUGAUGCUAUAAACUGCGUAGACCCAGACCCUGUAGAUGAACCCAGUGAGCUGAAAUCUCUGCCAUAUGAAGAUAUUAUAUCUGUUCCAGACCAGACGGUCACAAAGGAUAAGGAAAUCUCUGAGCUGUCUUUAACCUUUACUAAAGUACAAAUCAAGGAAGCUCAAGAAGAGCUGAUGUAUCCAGUAGAAGAAACUGGGCAACCUGAGUCAACAGCGUAUGGAACUACAAGAGACAGGAGUGUAAGAGAUUUUAAUGAUUCUAAAAUAAAACGUGCACACCCAAGUAAUGCUCAGAUGCAGAGUAGUCCAGCUGCACAUGUUGGACUAUCUUCAAGACUAUACUGUUCUGUUAGGAACAGGGAGGAUCCCACCAAUGGAUCUGAGAAUAAGAGACUAUUAAUGGAUAGUCCUGCCACUCACACAGCUUGUGGACGCUUCAGACACAUUAGAGAGCCACCCAAUCCCACCUACAUCCCACCACAAAGUAUUCAUGUCCAGUCUCCACACACCACUAGCCCUCAUUCACAUGGUAGAAGAAACUGGUUGCUGCAGCCUGAAGGAGACUGUGCUGUAUCCACUGAAGUAAAGGGGGAGAGUCAUUUAAAAAUAAAUGAAAUCCAGGAGCCUUAUGUCAUUGUUGACAAAAUUGAUCAGGGAAUGUCUUAAUUCUACUGCUGCAUUAUUUGCCUUUUUCCUCCUCACUUGUGGCCUUACUCAUCUUUUCAGCAAGAUGAUUAGCCCUACUCUUAGCAUUGCAAUGGGCAGAGGGAAGGUGGGGUGAGAAUCAGAAUGGCCUCGCUAAAUACAGGGGCAGAUGUGCUGUAGGUGUAAGUGGUAUGUGAAGAGGGUUGAGCUGAGGAGAGGGAGGGAGCAAGAUGGUCACUAUCAUCUCAACUAUAUGUGCAACUGCCAUUGGAAUCCUAACACUGAGAACCUCGGUCACCUCAACGCCUUGCUGGAAAAGUAUUUAAUAUAACUUUUAAAUACAUUUUGCAUUUAGAUCAGGAAAUGCAGCUGUAUUUGCUUCAAAGCUCAUUUUAAGCAACAAGUCUGCCUUCAGCUUUGAGUAGGAAUUUAGGGCAAAGCAAAUAUAUGCAAAUAUACAUACAUAAAUCACUGUACCCUUGUUUUUCCUUUCUUUGGCAUACCUACUUGUAUUCUUGCUAAUAAUCUUCCCCUCUGUGGGGGGUUAUUAAAAUGUUGUAUUUUAAAUCAUGUUUUGUUAAUUGUUCCAGAACUCAUUUAAGAUUGCAAAACUUCUCAUCACAAAUGAAGAUACUCUCUGAAGUACUUAGAUAACUACCAACUCUACAGUAUCCAUAUACCUGUCAUCACAUUAUUUUUACUAAAUUCCAAUGAGGAAGAGUAAUUAAUAGCACUUGCAUAAGAGCCAAAGUGCAAGGAAACUGAAGGCCAUCACUUCACUCCAUAACAAUUUUAUUUCUGGCCUUCAUUAAAACCUUUGUUCAGUUAACAUCUACUGUGUAAAGUGCUGGAAGUCUCAGAAUACUAAUUCCUCCUCAUAAACCUCUCCCAAAAUUGCCAGUCUUUAGGCAGGUACCUAGAUCUUUCACAUUGUCCUAUUUUGAGCAGU